ACCUCCCAGAUCCGGUACUUUAGAGAUAAUGAUACAUGUUAUGGAUAUCAAUGACAAUAAUCCAGUGUUUAGCAAAUCACUGUAUAAAGUGAAAGUUGCAGAAAAUAUUGAUAUUGGAUCAAAAAUACUACGUGUCUCAGCCACAGAUAAAGACGAAGGUAUAAACGGUGAUAUAAUGUACUCUUUCGUUGGACACGGGAAUGCUAAAGGUUAUGAAAUGUUUUCUAUAGAUCCUUAUUCUGGAGAAAUAUCAGUGAGAGGUGACCUUGAUUAUGAGGUAAACGUUGGUAUUGAGCUGCGCGUGCAGGCGGCUGAUCAAGGACAACAUCCUAAAACUACCCAUUGCAAAGUUUUAGUAGAAGUCAUCGACAUGAAUGAUAACGCGCCACAGAUAUCAGUGACGUCACUCAUGAGCACAGUUAGGGAAGAUUCUGAGUCUGGGGCUGCGGUGGCGUUAGUAAUGCUGUCUGAUAAAGAUGGCGGUAAAAAUGGAGUUGUAAACGGCCACAUCAGCGGAACUGUUCCGUUUAAACUGCAGUCUUCUUAUAAAAACAAGUACUCUCUGGUAGUGGACGGACCUUUAGAUAGAGAGCGUCACCCCCAGUACAACAUCACCAUCACAGCCGUAGAUGAGGGAACCCCCCCUCUCUCUAGCACCAGUGUUGUUACUGUGCACAUUUCUGAUGUGAACGACAACCCACCCCGCUUCCCAGAGCCCAUUGUCAACGUGUAUUUAAAAGAAAAUAGUCCAGUUGGAGACAUGGUGGUUAGUGUGAAUGCAUAUGAUGCUGAUGAAAAAGAAAACGCGCAUUUAUCAUACUCUAUAAAAAGUAGUGGCAUGUCCUCCUCGCUAUUCAACAUUAAUGAUUUAACAGGCGAAAUAUACAGUCUCCAGUCGUUUAACUACGAAGAAAUGAAACGAUUCCAGUUCCAAGUUCAGGCCACAGACGGUGGUGUUCCUCCUCUGAGCAGCAACGUGACUGUGAACGUUUUUAUCCUGGAUGAGAAUGACAACACUCCUGUUAUUCUCCUGCCCUAUUCUGACCAAGGCUCUGUCAACUCUGAGAACAUUCCCUACUCUGCUGAAGCGGGCUACUUUGUGGCCAAGAUCAGGGCUGUAGAUGCAGACUCUGGUUACAAUGCGCUGCUCUCUUAUCACAUCUCUGAACCAAAGGGGCCAAAUCUGUUCAGAAUUGGAAGCAGCAAUGGAGAGAUCAGGACUAAGAGACGCAUGAGUGACAAUGACUUAAAAACUCACCAGCUGGUCACAGUGGUGUCUGACAAUGGAGACCCUUCCCUGUCUGCCACUGUGUCUAUUGAUGUUGUGGUGGUUGAAAGUACAGGUGACAUGCAGACAACUUUCAGACAGCUACCAGUAAAGGAGGAGAGUUUCUCAGAUCUAAACCUGUAUCUGCUCAUCUCCAUAGCCUCAGUAUCAGUGAUAUUUCUACUGAGCCUCAUCAGUUUAAUUGCGGUAAAAUGCCACAAGACAGACGGCAGUUUCAGCAGGUACAGCGCCCCAAUGAUAACCACCCACCCUGACGGGAGCUGGUCUUACUCCAAAUCUACUCAGCAGUAUGACGUGUGUUUUAGCUCAGACACAAUGAAGAGUGACGUGGUAGUUUUCCCCACGUCGUUUCCACCUGGUGACGGGGAGCUGAUCAGUAUCAAUGGAGGAGACACUUUCAGUAGGACUCAAACUCUGCCCACCUGCGAGAAGGUAAGGAUAUCGCAUACUUUUUAA